AUGGAGAUCUCGUCAUUGGAGCAACAAUAUGCUGAUCUACAUCAUAAACUUCUAAUCAAAAUCAACCGGUUGCAGUAUCUUCAAUGUCGUCAACAACUUAAGCUGCAACUGGAACAACAGAUUAACACAGACUAUCAACAUAUUCAAGAUACCUACUCCGAUAUACAAAGACAAGAUGAACCCCUUGAACAGUUGAUUCAAGUGCAGAACGAAGCUUUCAAGACCCAAGAUCUUCUCUAUCGUUAUUUACACGUUGUAGUGCCGACUUUAAGAGCAGUGCAUCAGAAUCAAUCAACCACUACAGAGACCCUGAUCCACCAACAUCUUCAACACAUGUAUGGACUAGAAUCAGGUACCUUGAAACAUCUCAUACAAGUCAACAAAGAACUCCAUCAAAUCUCUUCUGAAGUCACCACCAAGAGGUUACAGGUCAACGAUAUGGUUAAACAUCUGGUGAUACCCAAGAUGGAAUCCUUCCAUGAUGAUAACCAACGACUCCAAGUAGUUAAACAACGAUAUCGUGAUUUCAAGGAACAACUGAUACAACAACAUCAAUUGCAAUAUGCAGCUAAGGAAACAGAUAUCAAGACUAUAAUAAACUCAUUAUUAAAGAGCUGGGGUCAUUUAUCAAUUCUCUGUCAAUUAUUACCUACCCUAGUCUCCAGUUUACCCAUUAAUUGGGCUACAGAUAAGGAACUAUUGGCGAUAAUAACCCAAUGCGAAACAGUACUGAUUGCUUUAGAAAGGAAUCAGCAGGUUAUAUCCGAAACUUCAAUACGAGAUAUGUCCUAUAAAGAUUUAUUAAUGAUAGAUUUUGGUGAAUUAUCUAUGAAACUAUUUACAGAAAAAGAGUAA